UAUAAAAGAAAAAUGAAAUGGUGAAAAGUGCAAUGCUAUUGCUCCAAUCUGACAGUUCGUCUUUAUAUUGGCCAGUGAAGUAGUGUGAUGACUGCGACAAAAAUUCCAAUUGUGGAAUAAAAAUAGCAGGUUGUUCAAGUUCACGUAAAGUGGUCAAUAAACUAUAGACAAAAUUCUAUGUGACGAUAUCGUUCCUGUACAUAGACGUUUGGUUUGGUGAUUUUUUUUACAAUGGCUAUGGAAAUUGGCAAUGGGGACACGGAAGUGGAACCCAGUAAAGUUUUUCAAAAAGAAAAUGUGUACAACAAACUGUUACCGUACGCGGAGGACUUGGAAGAGGAAUCCUAUAACUUGUUCCUGGACAUCAAAACGAAUCUUGUCAAGUCCGUUUUGGCAAGGGAAAUGAGACCAGGAUGUGCCCUGUGGACCUCCAGAUUAAUGAAGUAUAUAAAAAUUUAUGGAAUGAAAUUCUCUAAAGAGGACCAUAUUCUCCUAAUUAAAUUAUUCUAUGAGCUGGUGAUCAUCCCAGAUUUAGAGCCAACAAGAAUAAACAAAUGUGCAACAACUUUGGUGCAAUUGUUGAAAAAGAAAUAUUUGUUGACCAGAGAUGAACUUCAGUUGGACUGGAGACCUCUGUAUGAACUAGUUAUUAAAGUCAUGGAAAAAAAUAAAACUGACAUUGGGAUGUACAGAUAUUCAUCAAAUUUUGAGGGUACUAUUUUUCAGAUGAUCAAAGCUUGUAAAGUAUAUUUUCCAGCUUCCUGCACCCAGGAAAUUUUAGAUGAAUUCCGACCUAGGAUGUGUGCUUUUAAUACUGUUGAGAUGAGUAAAAUCAUCAAAUGCUUUGAGCUUUUUUUACCAAACCAUAGUAAACCAGAAGAGGCCAAUAUUGGUUAUAAAUUGUGGUUUGAAGAAUUGAUGAAUUUAUGGGACAUGUGCCAUGAUGACAAUCAAUGGGAAAAUAAUAUGAUGUGGAUAAUGACGGGCCUAGCUAGAGCCCAGAUAGGCCACAUCGAUUGGCAGCCCUACAUUCCGGGCAUGUUCGUCCGAUUCCAAAGGACCUUCCAGCUGCCGGUGGCCUUCAAACAGCGCCACAUGGGCCGAUUCCACAAGAUCGACAUAUCGGCCAUGUCGGUGUGGAUAGUGUGCGUUCUCAACGGAGACAACAAUAUCGCCUUCUUCCACUUGGAGAAGUUCAUGCAGAGUUUGGAGUCGUACUAUUAUUCGGCUAAUAUGGGAAGAUGGACACAUAAACUUCGUGAACUGCUACGCAGCCUGUCAUUCUACUUCAUACAACGCGUUCACGGAGAGCGGUAUAAGACUCCCUCCUGGGAAUUCGAAGUACCAGAACAUCACAAACUGACGGACGAUGAUAUUGGCAGGUUCGUCAACAUUUUGAAACCGUGCAUCGAGCAUGCCAUGUUCAACAGGAUGGGCAUGCAAGACACCAGCCUGACGCUGCAGUAUUUGGCCUCCCUGAGACCGAACAUUAUCAUCCCGAUGACUUUGGAAAAGUUGUAUGCCUCCAUGAACAGCCUAACGGAGCCCCACAAAUUGACGUCCUCCAUGAUGGCUGUCAUCGCAUGUGGAAGGUUCAUGGUCCAGGGCUCUCGAAACAACUACCCGGAAGGCCCCACCCACAUCAUCCCACUUCUGAUCGAGUUGCUGCCCGGUAUCGAUCCGAACGACAUCCGAAAAUCCUACGUCACCUUCAACUUUAUCGUCCACUUCGUCAAUAUGAUCCCGUUGAUCAACUCUUCAGAGGCCGGUCAGCACUAUCAGCUGACAGAAGAAGAACACGUGGUAUGCGAGGCGUCGGCAGGCUUCGAAGACUUCGUGCUGCAAUUUUUCGACAAGCUGUGCGUUUGGGUGGAAUCCAACAGCUUGGACUUCGUCAGGCUGGAGCAGAUGACCAACAACGACAACAUGAAGAACAGGUUGGAGACGAUCUCGGAGAGCGCGCUGGGGUCCGUCAUCGGGGUGGUUUUGAACCAGUGUUCGCCCGAUAUUUUCAAGAGCGCCCUGAGGAAAAUCUACAAUUUCGUGACGUCCAAAGUGAUGGAGGUGCACAUUUCCGGAAAGAUGUUGGCCAUAGCCUGUCACUGUUUCGCCAAGGUCAAUCCCAAGGAAACUCUGAAGCUGUUUCUGCCGCAUUUGUGCGACAGGAUCGAGGAGAUGCUCAGCGAAAAUCCCAACAUCGAAAAGGAGGAACACAUCGACGACGAGUUGCUCUAUAAUUUGCUGAUGCUGUCAGAGUUAGUGGAUGGUCAUUCCGAAAUAUUGAACUACAUGGAUAGAAUCACCAAUAUAAUGGACAAAACUAUCCAUAUGACUUGCUUGAGCGCCAGCCUUCUAGCAGCCAGAAUGCUAGAACUGAUGAUGUCAUCUUUGGCCAACAUUCAACCGACAGAAAUGAAAAGUUGUGACGUCGACUACUCUCUACCAAUCAGCGAAUUUUUGUCUGUUAGAGAAUGGGGUAAAGCUGAGCAAAUAAAAGAUCUGAAAAUAUCGUGGUACGUUCCAGGAAAAAAGGAGGUGGAAGCUGUCCAAAAAUUGCUGGAGAAAUAUUUAGUACCGGAGCUGAAUAGUUUGGAAAAACAUUCUAGCGGAGACAUCACUAUGACCAGACAAGAGUUGAAACAAUCUUUGAAAAUUAUCAUUUCCGUUUUGUCCUGUCAGCCUCUGUUGCCUAUGUGGGAUGAACCUGUUUACCCGUUAGCCGAUAGUGUUUUGGAUCCUUGGAAUUUUAACCUAAUAGUGAGCGGUAGCGAUAUUGUCACAAUGCCGGAUGGUCAAAAUGUUCGACAAGUGAUUGUCGGCAUUCUGCACAAGUUACAAGAACAUUUAUUGGAAAAAGAUGAGGGAGAUACGAAAAGCAUUCGAAAUAUCAUCAACAUUUUCAAUAUCCUGUUGUUCAACAAAACCAGAGGCCAAGAUUUCGAAUUUCACUGGAAGAGUUUUCACAUGACGAAAAAACUUUUGGAAGACCGUUUGCACCAAAAAAAGCUGCAUCUGCGCCACGUCCUGAUAGACAGGGUGAUGCUGCAACAAGAGUUCAGGAUAGAGAGCAGAAAUUGCUCCUUCACCAAUACUCACAGCCAAAUACUGCUGGAUCUGUUCGAGCUGGCCACAUCCAGAUACAGUGAGGUGAGGAUAGCCGCCCAGAGCAAACUGUUCGCCAUCAUCACCUACUUCCCCUACUCCUACACGGUCCUCACCGAAAAAAUCAAAGCCACGCUGCGCCUCGACUCCCAGCAGCACCACGAGAAGUUCAAGGGCUGCCUCUACAUCCUGUUGGGCCCCAAAAACUCCCCCAUCGUCACGCGCCACGACUGGCGCUUCAUCAGCGAACUCUGGCCCCUUAUCGUCACCUCCAAACCCUCCGAGAAGCCCUCAAUCGUCAACCUCAUCACUUCCGUCACCGAUACCAUCGACAAGUACUUCCCCACCAUCGCUGUUAAGCUGGUGAUUCCGCGGGCGGCUCUGGAGGCUGCCCGGAGGUUGGGCGGCAGUCUGCCCGCUUGCGAUGUGGGCGGCGCGUUCGAGGCUGUGAUUGGGAAUGGGGAGGAUUAUUUGAGGGGGAAGUCGGAGGAGAGGAGGGUGGCGUACGAGAGGACGUUGGAGGCGCUUUUGGAUGCCCUCGAAGGCGGGAAUUUGCACUGGCGAUACAACUUCAUGGCGAUAAACUUCAUCAAAGAUCUGGUCCACUUCGACAUCAAAUAUAAUCCGAGAAUUGUCAAGUUCUUCCUGAACGCGGCCAUUGACGACUCGUUGAUCGUCAGGAAGACGGCCAUGAAAGUGUUGGUGUUCAUUUUGGUGCAGAACAAAACCAAAUUCAAGAAAAUCGAGAUAGACCCCUACAAAUUUUCCAAAGCAGCGAAGAAUGGGGCGGUCGUACCAGGAAUUCGGGAAGACAACAAAUGGUUGCUUUACGACAGUUCCACUGCGCCUAAGACUGCCGAGCAAUGGGACGAACCUAGGUUCAUCCAUGAUCAAUAUACAGGGUAUUACGCUUGGCCCAAACAGUUGCUAGUGUACGAUUCUUCGUCCAAGCAACAAAGUGCGGCAAGACGGAUGGACAAUUUGACGGAAAUCGAGCAGGCCAUUUAUGGCUUCUUCAGCGACGAAGGCAAAGUAGCGAAGCUGAUUAAAUAUCUGUCAUUGGAAGAGAAAAAGGGAGUCGAUCAUUUCAACGCCUACAGAUUCAUCACUUUCAAGAAUAUUUUCAAGAUUUUCGAGGAUAAGCUACUUCCAGUUUUUGUCCCCCAUCUUGAAAGACUGGUUCAAGAGAAAGUGGAAUCCAGCCAACGUUGUGCUGCGGAAAUAAUUAGUGGUAUCAUAAGAGGCUCAAAGCAUUGGGAAUUUGACAAGGUUGAAAAACUUUGGGCUAUCGUCUUACCAUUGCUGGAAACAGCGAUCGUCAAUGUUUCCAGUGAGACGCAAACUGAUUGGGCCCUUUGCAUCACAAUGGCGCUGGAUUCACGUGACCCCAACAGGUGUCACUGGCUGCUGGAGUAUUUAUUGCAGGACCCCCUCAGAGAUCCCACCAGCUUCAUAGCGUGCACCCGCCUCCAUCUGCUCUCCGUGUCUCUCAACCAACAGUCGUGGCGCAACUGCGCGCUCGACCGCCGUCUGCUCGACUACCUGCGUCCCCACCUCUCCCAUCCCUUCCAGAACAUCCGCGAACGAAUCAGCGCCUGUCUGGCGAUCGGCCUGGGCGGGACCGGGGUCGAGGAGGAGGGGGGAGAGGAGGGGAGGCAAGCGAGGGUGUUCUUCGCGGAGGUGGGGGGGCGGCUCGACAGGUUGUACGAGGUGUGCGUGGCGAAGGAGGCGGAGGAGGUGAACGAGGAGAAGGAAGAGCUCAUCAGGCUUUUCAAAAUAGUUGUCAAAUUUACGACAACAACCAUGGUCCGAGUAAACUACUCCGCUCGCCCCGAAUUCCUCUCUCUCAUCCCGCUGUGCGCGCUGUUGCAAAGCAACGAGACAGACGAGGAGCUGGCAACGAUGGCGACCAACCUGUUGGUCGUGCUGUCAGAGACUGUGACGCUGCCCCGACACAUGCCCGACGCCAUCGCGGUGGUUAAAAAAGUGGCCGGUUGCCCCUCAUGGUCCGCCCGGGCGGUCAUAGCGGAGUUCCUGCCCGUCUACGUGUUCUACAAUAUGGCGACGAUCAACGCGAGAAAGGACUGGGUGCUAGAGAUACAAUCUGUGGUAUUGCAACUGUUGGAAGACUCCCAGCAUGAAGUAAGAGUACAAGCAGCCAAAGUUUUAAGUGGUCUGCUACACUGCCAAUUUAUUCCAGAUAGAAAUCAACUAUUGGAGGAAUUCAAGAAGGCGGCAAGGACGAAAUUCAAGAAAAAAGGGCCGGCGUCCAAUAGCAAUGUGCCAGCGAAGCAUGCAGCCGUUCUGGGAUUAUGUGCCUUCAUUCAAGCUCAUCCCUACGAAGUACCUGACUAUCUGCCCGACAUUUUCGAGCAACUGAGACCGCAUCUCAGCGAUCCGCAACCGAUACCUGCGACUAUCAGAAAAACUUUAGGGGAUUUCAAGAGAACGCAUCACAAUAACUGGGAACAACAUAAACUCAAGUUCACAGAAGAUGAACUCGAGUUGUUGAGGGAUUUAACAGUGCCUCCUAGUUAUUAUGUUUAGUGAUUAUAAAAUUUUUAUUAGAUCUAAAAGUUC